AUGGGAAUUGCGUUGAUCUGGUGUUUAGCUCUGAUCCUUAUCAAAUGGAUUACUUCUAAGAGACGUGGAGCAAUUUCCUAUGACAGCUCCGAUCAGACUGCGUUGUACAUUCGUAUGCUAGGAGAUGUGCGAGUAAGAAGUCGGGCAGGAUUUGAAACAGAGAGAAGAGGUUCUCAUCCAUACAUUGAUUUCCGUAUUUUUCACUCAAAUUCUGAAAUCGAAGUGUCUGUGUCUGCGAGAAAUGUGAGAAGGUUGCUUAGUUUCCAGCGAUACCUGAGAUCUUCCCGUUUUUUCCGUGGUAUCACUGUUCCAAAUUCUUCAAACAUUUUAGAUGAUGAUUAUAAUGGACAAGCAAAGUGUAUGCUGGAGAAGGUUGGAAAUUGGAAUUUUGAUAUUUUUCUUUUUGAUAGACUGACAAACGGAAACAGUCUAGUCAGCUUAACCUUUCAUCUGUUUAAUCUUCAUGGACUAAUUGAACACUUCCAGUUAGAUACGAUGAAACUUCGUAGAUUUUUGGUUAUGGUUCAAGAAGAUUAUCACAGUCAAAACCCUUAUCAUAAUGCAGUUCAUGCUGCUGAUGUGACUCAGGCCAUGCACUGUUACUUAAAAGAGCCCAAGCUUUCUAAAUCUUUAACUCCAUGGGAUAUUCUGCUCAGUUUAAUAGCAGCUGCCACACACGAUUUGGAUCACCCAGGCGUUAACCAACCUUUCUUAAUUAAAACAAACCAUUACUUAGCAACUUUAUAUAAGAAUACCUCAGUAUUAGAGAACCAUCACUGGAGAUCAGCAGUGGGGUUGCUGAGAGAGUCUGGUUUAUUUGCACAUAUGUCACUAGAAAACAGGCAGCUGAUGGAAAGCCAGAUAGGGGAUCUCAUUCUUGCCACAGACAUCAGUCAGCAAAAUGAGUAUCUGUCCAUGUUUCGAUCGCAUCUGGAUAGAGGAGACUUAUGUUUAGAGAACGCGAACCAUCGUCACUUCAUUUUACAGAUGGCUUUGAAGUGUGCUGAUAUUUGUAAUCCCUGUCGGACGUGGGAGCUGAGUAAGCAGUGGAGUGAAAAAGUGACAGAGGAGUUCUUCCAUCAAGGAGAUAUUGAAAAAAAAUAUCACUUGGGUGUGAGUCCACUUUGUGACCGACAGACAGAAACCAUUGCCAACAUCCAGAUUGGUUUCAUGACCUACCUAGUGGAACCGCUGUUCGGGGAAUGGGCCCGGUUUUCCAACACGAGGCUGUCACAGACGAUGCUCGGCCACCUGGGACUGAACAAGGCGAGCUGGAAGGGGGUGCAGAGGGAACAGUCGGGCGGUGGCGACGACGUCGACCCCGCGUUCGAAGAGAUGGACUCAGACCUAUUACCUCAGGAACCGCGAUUGUCCUGACCUCAGCCCUUCAUGACAAAACUGCCUCUAUCUUUCAGUUACCUGCACGGUCGGAUUCAAGGAGAUCUACUUGCCAGCCC